CAUAAAGCCUCGCUCAGACGGACGACCGCUAGUUGGCUAACGACAUCGGCCGCAGCAGCUUCGUGGUCCGGUACUUUCCACCUGGCACACACAUAUAUCUGCCUCCCCCGAGGAAACCACCAUUAGGGGAAGACUACUGAGACGACCCGGUGGUUUGUGCUACAGCUAAUAAUAAUAAUAAUAACGACAAACAAGGCGGUUUAAAGGCGCAUACGUAAUUACUUUAGCUUGUAGGCUAACCGCGCUAGCUCGAGGAGAAAGGCCGUCGAGUUGACACUUGCGUCAGUUAACCGACGAAGCAUCCUGGCACAGCACGCCUGGCCUUCACCGAGAGGAACCACAACUACAAGAUAGGAUGGCUUUGAAAAGGAUUAACAAGGAGCUUCAUGACCUGGCUCGUGACCCCCCAGCACAGUGCUCCGCUGGCCCAGUGGGUGAUGACAUGUUUCACUGGCAAGCCACAAUCAUGGGCCCUAGUGACAGUCCAUAUCAGGGGGGUGUUUUCUUCCUGAAUAUUCAUUUCCCAACAGACUACCCCUUCAAACCACCCAAGGUUGCGUUCACAACAAGAAUUUACCACCCAAAUAUUAACAGUAACGGCAGUAUCUGUCUGGACAUUCUCAGAUCACAGUGGUCUCCGGCACUUACCAUUUCUAAAGUUCUUCUCUCCAUUUGCUCACUCCUAUGUGACCCCAACCCUGAUGACCCCUUAGUGCCAGAGAUCGCACGAAUCUACAAAACAGAUACCUGCAAGUACACCAAACUGGCAAAAGAAUGGACACAAAAAUAUGCAAUGUGAUGGCAAGGUCUGGAAAAACGUUUUCUCUGGUUCAGACUGAAAAUUUGUGGAAAUUUUUUCUUUUUUUUUCUUUUUCACUUUUUUUUUUUUUUUUUUUUUUUUUUGGUUAAUCAGCAUUUUACGCCCUCUUUCUCCCUCCCCCCGCCCGUGCGCUAAUAAGAAGAUAGUGUUUUCCUCUCAGGGCACGCGCCAGUUUCUGGGAGUCUUUCCCAUGUAGAGUUGCAAACGACGACGCGGACGAUUCUUACUCCGCUAAGUCUCCCCAUGUUGAAAGUUUGACGUCCAUUUGGCAGAAAAGAUCCAAGCAGAAACUGGCUGGUGAGCACCUGUAGGGUUAAUGACAUAGUAAACAUGAGCACACCCACUGUGUACACUAUGUGAGAGUGUAGUAUGUCAUGCAUGUUCAUCAAGUCAAACAUUACAAGGUCCAUACGUUGGAAGAAUUUGGUUCCCCUCCGAAGCCUUUUAUUGCUUAUUUUUGUUAGUUUUCUAGGAGCCAGUAGAUGAGGUGUUGGCUUGUACCCACUUAACUUAAACACUGUCUUCUUGUAGCCCUCCAAGUAUUGAUUGGAAGCCCACGGUUGAUCAUCAACUGGUGGCUCUGUUUUUAGUUUCCCUUCAAUAAAGUUACUUAAACCUUAAAA